AUGUCACAACUAUCAUCAACCCGUUAUAACGUAACCGCAGCGUGCGAUUCUUGUAAAGAAUUGAAAAUUAAAUGCUGCGGCAUUCCUUGUACCGAAUGCAUAAAGCGCGAUCAUGAAUGCACUAUCUCGAAAACGAAUAAAAAACGUGGGCCAAAACCAGAUUAUGAAAAAUUCUUAGAUCCGGAAGAAAUAAAAUGCUUAGAAAAUUUAUUCGGUAAAGAACGAUUACCUCAUAUAUUUAAAAUCCUCAAUUCUACCAGUCAUAAACCUUGUCCAUAUAAAAAUGUCCCUGGACAUAAUUAUUGUCAUGAAGGAUUUAUCUACAAUUCUUUACAUUCAAUACCCGAAAUUGAUGAAAAUUUAGAGGGAGAUAUUGAAUUCUUUUUUGAAUAUUGUGUUGAUUUUACAGAACUUUUAAAUUUUAAAGAAAGUAAUUUAUCUGACAGAUCUUAUAUUGCAAAUAAACUUAUUGAAAAUAACAAUUUCGAAUUUCGAUAA